UUAGGUCUCUAUCCAUUUUCCUGUUACUGCCGUCUUCUUGUCGAGUGGAGAACGUGUCAGUUUGAUCAUUUGCUCUACGGCUUGGCAUUUUGAGAGGGCCUCAUGGGAAUUUCGCUCAGUUUGUGACUUCGUUAUUAAAGUCCUGUUCAUACGUUGUCCCUCAUGCUUCUUACUUCUUGACGUCACAGCAUUUCUUUUAGCUUUUGUUGUUGAAGCAUUUUGAUAGGGGAUCGGAUUUGAGGAAUCUUUCGUGUGUAUGCUUUCAGUUAAUAUCGGAUUGAAAGGUAGUUUUGCGUCUGAAUCAGUGGGUGCGUUAAGACCCUCAAUAAUUCUGCGAUAGUCUGUAGUUUUGGCUGGCCGAAGGGGUUUGAGUUUGGAGAGAAAGAGGAACAAGAGGAGGAGGAAGGUAUGGAUAUAACAGAAAUUUCAAUAUUGCAUCAUGCGUGCAUUGUGCUUCUGGGGCUUUGGUUGCUAUCUGCCUUCAACUGUUGCCACCCCGUUGCUUAUUUUGGAGCACUGAUCUAUCUCUACCUGGUUCAUGAACGUUAUGUCACGAGACUGCGGAGGAAGUUACAAUUUGAGGAGAGGAAACAAGCUAAUCAAAGAAGGGUGCUUUCUGAUUCUGAAUCAGUGAGGUGGUUGAACCAUGCAGUUGAAAACAUAUGGCCCAUAUGCAUGGAACAAAUUGUUUCUCAGAAGAUUUUGCUCCCAAUCGUACCUUGGUUCUUGGAGAAGUACAAGCCUUGGACUGCUAAAAAAGCUAUGGUUCAGCACCUGUACCUGGGGAGAAACCCCCCUUUAUUCACUGACAUGAGGGUGCUUCGUCAAAAUAACGAUGACCACUUGGUUCUGGAAUUAGGAAUGAAUUUUCUUACGGCUGAUGAUAUGAGUGCAAUAAUAGCCGUAAAACUGAGGAAAAGAUUAGGCUUUGGGAUGUGGGCAAAGCUGCACAUAACGGGUAUGCAUGUUGAAGGGAAGGUUUUGGUUGGGGUAAGAUUUCGCCAAACAUGGCCUUUCCUCAGUCGUUUGCGUGUGUGCUUUGUUGAACCUCCAUACUUCCAAAUGACUGUUAAGCCUAUAUUUACUCAUGGCCUUGAUGUGACAGAAGUUCCUGGGAUUGCUGGAUGGCUAGAUAAGCUUUUGUCCAUCGCAUUUGAACAGACUCUUGUUGAGCCUAAUAUGCUGGUUGUUGAUGUUGAGAAAUUUGCUUCACCCCAGCCAGAGCCUUGGUUCUCCAUCAAUGAGAAGGAGCCUGUCGCCUAUGCCUAUGUAGAAGUUGUUGAAGGAUCUGACAUGAAGCCAUCAGAUCUAAACGGGUUAGCAGAUCCAUAUGUAAAAGGUCAUUCAGGUGGCUACAGAUUCAGGACAAAGAUACAAAAGAAAACACUUAAUCCAAAAUGGCUAGAAGAAUUUAAAAUUCCCAUUGUAACGUGGGAGUGUGCUAAUGUGUUGGCUAUUGAAGUUUGUGACAAGGACCACUUCUAUGAUGAUAACCUCGGAAGCUGUUCUGUCAACCUCGGUGAUUUGAGGGAUGGCCAGAGGCAUGAUAUGUGGUUACCUCUUCAGAAUAUUAAAACGGGGAGGUUGCACCUGGCUAUAACUAUUCUUGAAGACAAUGCAAAGGAGGUUGAUAAAACAUGUAACAAGGAAGCAAUGGAUGCUGAACAAGAAAGGAAUUCCUUUGCAAAUGAGGCUUACAAUAAAAGUUCAUUCUCAUCUGUUUCGUCAGAAAAAUCCCAAAAAGUUGCAGAUAACUAUGAGCCUAUAGAUGUUGAAGGGCAAAAGGAGACCGGAAUUUGGGUUCAUCAACCAGGUAGUGAAGUGUCCCAAACAUGGGAACCUAGAAAAGGGAGGAGCCGACGCCUUGAUACUGAAAUUCACAGGGAGCCUAAUGAUUUAUGUGGAAGUUUUAACUCAGCAGCAUCUGGAUCCUCGAACAAUGACUGCAGCAGUCAUGAUGAUAACCCAGAGGAUAAGCACAGAAUAAAAUCAAUUAUGAAUGGACUGCACAAGAUUGGGUCAGUAUUUCGAAGGGGCCCAAAGAAUGAGCCUCCAACACCGACAUCAGCACGUAGUGUUGGAGAGGCUGUUCCACCUCCACACGCAAACAUUUCAGCCGAGAAUGCCAAAAAGAUUGGUGUGCACUUUGUUAUGGAGGAUAACAUUUCUGAGUUUGCCUCUGGUAAGGUUCAGAUAGAAGGAACAUCCCCUGAAAGCAAUGGUUCAGAGAGCGCAGGCAAGGGAAAUGCCAAAGACAAGGCAAAAAAUGUGCUGAAGCAUGCAGCAGGGAAAUCAGCUCGUGGCCUAAAGCAUGUGCUUUCCCAUAAAUCAAGAAAAUCUCAGGUUGACUCACCAGGGGUUCAAGAAACAAGAAUCCUAGAAGAAUCUGACUCUUCCGAUGAUGACUCUCUUUCAGUUCAAUCACCCAGCGAUGGAAGAAUUCCCGUUGCUUCCAAGGUCAUUGUUUCUUUCAACAAUGACCCUUUCAAUUCCAGUGAGAAUGUGGUUCAGACACGUUCACCUGACGCCACUUUGGGCAAUGAAGUUCUGACCAAGGAGCCAGAUGUUGAAGAAGAGUCUGCAAAGCAUGGCAGCCCUGACAAAUCUUCAAAAGAUUAUGUUGAAACAAAGCAUGACAGUGUGAGUGGUGGGACGGAACAGAUAUGAAAUCAAUGUCUUAGCCAUUGUAUGUAUCUUGCCCAUAAUAUCUUAGCUUUGUUGAUUUCCCUGUUUGUACAGUCAUCCCAGUGGAUGCUUUGAAGAGUACUGGAGAAUCUAGGUUAUGGUUGUAAUUAGCCUUUUAUACAAGAAUUUUGAGUGGGUUUGGGUUUUGCAACAGUCAAAUAGGUUUUGUCAAAAUACUUGCUAGCUGUUGCUUAGGCUGCCGGAGAAAGUUGAGUUCGUCCGUCAAGUGAAACUGUGAAAGUUUGAAAGCGUGUAAAGAACUUAAACAGGAUUAAGGAAUAAAACGUAUACAAAAUGAUUAUUCCCUUAUUGUUAUUAGAAUAACAUAGCAAGGGAAUAAGUUUGAAAUGAUCCAA